CCGCCUAAUCUCGGCCCACAUGUGCAAACCCCACACACGCCAGUAGAAAAGGAUUAAAAUUGCAAAAACAUACAACAGCGGGGAUUCCACGAUUCUCACGAACUCGAGUACUAAUCCGCCGGUAUCCUGCUUAAAUAUGGCUGAGCGGACGGGAAGCCUUGCUCUCAGGAUCCUGUGGUCGUAUGUGGUGCUAUUUGCCUGGUGGGACUUACAUAUGCACAGUACGGGCUCUGAGAAUGAGUGGAUACGUUUAAAGUUGCGGCGCGGCACUUGUUGUGGACUCCGGAAGGAGGUUCACUGCAGCAUGUUCUUGUCUAGAGCCAAAGGCUGGUGUUGUCGAUCUGUUCACGUGUCGCCGGCAACCACGUGACUAGCGCUGUCUUCCCAUCAUCGAGCGAACGAAAGCUCU